GGACCACGGUAUGUUCGACAUCCAGGAGGAAAUUCUCGAGGUCGUCCCCAUGGAUCGAAUCGUCAUGGCUUCGAACAGGACGGGAAGUGUUCGAAUCACGCUGGGUUCCUAUGCUGAUCCCGAGGUCGAGAUACGUUUGACCGCCGACACGUAUGUCUUCGGCUACGUCGGGAUAUUUAACAAUCUCAUGACAGACAGUCCUUACAACCGUAUGUGGCUCAGGCUCUCUGCUGACGAGGACGAGAAGGUCUAUGGAGGAGGCGAGCAGUACACGUAUCUUAACCUCCGCGGUCGCCACUAUCCCAUCUGGACGAGUGAGCAAGGUAUCGGUCGCGAUGGAGGAAUCAUCGCCAACAUCACCGACAUCGAGGGUGAUGCUGGAGGAGAGUACUACACCACUUACUGGCCCGAACCCUCUUUUGUCUCCUCGAAGCGCUAUUCUGUUAUUUUCGAUCGCUACGAUUACAUGGUCAUGAACUUCAGUCAGCCAAAUUACCACGAGUUCUACAUUCAUAGCGAGUCGUUCUUGCUCGAAAUGUACUUCAAUGAUACGAUGAUGAACCUUAUACCGAGCAAGGUUCAUUAUGCUCCCACUCUCCCUGACUGGAUCAUCACGGGGACCAUCUUGAGUCUGCAGAGGGGAACGCAGGAGGUCCUCGACUACUACGAGAUGGCCAAGGGCGCGGGCGUGAACGUGAGCGCCCUCUGGAUCCAGGACUGGUCGGGCACGACGGAGACCCUGUUCGGCCACCGCGUCUACUGGAACUGGCAGUGGAACCAGACCUACUACCCGGGCCUGGACGAAAUGAUCACCACCCUCGGCCAAGAAGGCGUGGGCGUGAUGGCCUACAUCAACCCACACCUGAUCGCGGGCGGCACACUGUACGAGGAAGCCGACAGCCAAGGAUUCCUGAUGGUGGACAGCGAAGGCCAAUCCUACACGCAGGAUUUCGGGGGAUUUAUGGCAGGAACCGUCGACUUGGUCAACGACGAAGCGAGAGAAUGGUAUGCCGGUAAGAUUCAGGAGAACAUGAUCCACUUGGGCCUCGUGGGUUGGAUGGCGGACUUCGGCGAAUACACCCGCACGGAUAUGUUCUCACGGGGUUUCACGGAGAAUUCGCCCGCUCAAGUUCACAACCAGUUCCCUCGGCUUUGGGCGGAGUGUAAUGCAGAAGCGCUGCGUCUCUCGGGGAACUCAGGUCAGAUCGUGCCCUUCAUGAGGUCAGGAGGUCGAGGGUCAGCCAGGAACGCGUACUUGGCCUGGGCAGGAGACCAGAACGUGGACUGGUCACUCGGGGACGGGGUCGGGUCGACGGUGGUGGCCGCCCUGAGCCUGGGCCUGAGAGAUGUUCACCCACUUCGACAUCGUCUGCAGCGGUCCAAGGAGCUGUUCCUGUCGGCCGAGUACGCCGUCUUCACGCCCGUCAUGAGGACGCACGAGGGCAACAAACCGGCUUCCAACCACCAGUUUUACAGCGACGAAGACACACUCAACCAGUUCGCCCGACUCACGCAAAUGCACGCACGCCUCGCCCCUUACACACGCACUCUCGUCGAUGCUUGCUUUGAUGAAGGCAUCCCCGCCCAAGCCCCGCUGUUCCUGUACUUCGAGGACGACCUUGGAUCGUGGGACAUCGAGUACCAGUACAUGUACGGCCCUGACCUCCUCGUGGCUCCGGUCAUCCACAAGGGACAGGAUUCCCAGACGGUGUACAUCCCCGGCGGCGGAGGAGGAGGAGCAUGGCAGCACUUGUGGGAGGGGCUUAUCGUGUCAGGACCUGCCGAGGUGGAAGUGGCCACGCCCCUCGGCUACCCUCCCGUCUUCUACCGCCGGGACUCCGCGUGGGCGCCGCUGUUCGAGGAGAUCGCGGCCGAGUUCGGGGAGGGGUUUGUGCCGGCGGUUUGAAGGGGGAGAGGGGGGAGUGGAG